AUGUAUUUCGCUUCAAAGAUGAAUAUUGAAAUAGGAGGGUUCAACUAUGCGGUUGUCCCUGAAUCAUUUGCGCGUAAUCUUUGGAUUGCUGGUGGAGACACUCUGGUGGUUGGAUAUGAUGUCUCUCAUCCAGGGAAGCCAUCUAGAGAAGAGAUAAUGAGUUGCACUCCACCGCAGAAGCCUAGCGUUGUUGGAGUGGAAGGUCACGUGCUCAAUUCUCUUUUCAAAUGGAUGCUUGGUUUAUUCUCCCGGCAUCGCGGAGUAUGGCCGAGAAGAGUUGUCAUCACAAGGGAUGGUGUAUCGGAAGGACAACAUAAAAUGGUGAUCGGCGAGGAACUCAAUGCUAUAAAGGAAGCUUGCGAAGAGUUUGCCAGAAUGAAUGGAGACGAGUCGUGGAUGCCAUUGUUCACAGUGAUAAUAACGACGAAACGACACAAUGCACGAUUUUUUGUACGGAGUGGUUCCGAACUUUUUGUCUCUGGUACCUUCUUACAGGGAACAGCGAGACCAACGUCGUAUCAAGUAAUCGUGGACGAAAAUGAGAUGAGUUCGGAUGAGCUUCAGUCGCUCAUGCUUGCCUUGACUUUCCAUCAUCAAAUCUCCAAUGCUCCCGUUUCUCUCCCUGAACCUAUUUAUCAAGCCGAUGAGUGGGCAAAACGUGGAAAAGAUAUCUGGAAAGCUUAUACGUAA